CUCCGCUGGGCCUCUACUUCUCGAGGGAUGCUUACUGGGAGAAGCUGUACUUGGACCAGCCGGCUGGCACGCCCCUGCUCUAUGUCCAUGCCCUGCGGGACGCCCCUGGGGAGGUACCCAGCUUCCGCCUGGGCCAGCACCUCUAUGUCACCUACCGCACGCGGCUGCAUGAGAAUGACUGGAUCUGCAUCCAGGAGGACACUGGCCUUCUGUACCUUAACCGAAGCUUGGACCACAGCUCCUGGGAGAAGCUCAGCAUCCGCAAAGGUGGCUCGCCCCUGCUCACCGUCUACCUCCAGGUCUUCCUGUCUCCCGCAUCCCUGCGCGAGGGCGAGUGCCAAUGGCCGGGCUGUGCCCGCGUGUACUUCUCCUUCAUCAACACCUCCUUCCCAGCUUGCAGCUCACUCAAGCCCCAGGAGCUUUGCUUCCCGGAGACAGGCCUCUCCUUCCGCAUUCGGGAGAACAGGCCCCCGGGCACCUUCCACCAGUUCCGCCUGCUCCCUGUGCAGUUCCUCUGCCCCAACGUCAGCGUGGCCUACAGGCUCCUGGGAGGUGAGAGUCUGCCCUUCCGCUGCGCCGCCGACAGCCUGGAGGUGAGCACGCGCCGGGCCCUGGACCGUGAGCAGCGGGAGAAGUACGAGCUGGUGGCCGUGUGCACGGUGCGCAGCGGCGCGCGCGAGGAGGACGUGGUGCUGUCCUUCCCGGUGACCGUGUACGACGAGGACGACUCGGCGCCCACCUUCCCCGGGGGCGUGGACACCGCCAACGCCGAGGUGGAGUUCAAGCGGAAGGAGGGCACUGUGGUGGCCACACUGCGUGUCUUCGAUGCAGAUGUGGUGCCAGCGUCUGGGGAGCUUGCGAGGCGGUACACAAGCACGGUGCUCCCUGGGGAUGCCUGGGCCCUGCAGACCUUCCGCGUGGAGCAUUCGCCCAAUGAGACCUUGGCCCAGGCCAAUGGCAGCUUCGUGCGGGCCACCAUGCAUGACUACAGGCUGGUUCUCAACCGGAGCCUGCCCAUCUCAGAGAGCCGUGCCCUGCAGCUGGCUGUGCUGGUCAACGACUCAGACUUCCAGGGCCCAGGGGAAGGUGUCCUGCUGCUGCAUUUCAAUGUGACUGUGCUGCCCGUCCACCUGCGCCUGCCUGCUGCCUACUCCUUCUCCAUGAGCAGGAGGGCCCGCCGUUUUGCCCAGAUUGGGAAAGUCUGUGUGGAAAACUGCCGGGAGUUCAGCGGCAUCCACGUCCAGUACAAGCUGCUGCCCUCCAGCGCCAACUGCAGCGCCCUGGGGGUGGCCACCUCAGCUGAGGACACCUCGGGGACCCUGUUCGUGAAUGACACGGAGGCCCUGCAGCGGCCCGAGUGUGCUGAGCUGCAGUACACGGUGGUGGCCACUGACCGGCAGACCCACAGACAGGCGCAGGCACCACUGCUCGUCACCGUGGAGGGGACGUACGUGGCUGAGGAGGUGGGCUGCCCCCUGUCCUGUGCGGUCAGCAAGAGGCGGCCCGAGUGUGAGGAGUGUGGCGGCCUGGGCUCUCCGACAGGCAGGUGCGAGUGGCGUCAGGGAGACAGCAAAGGGAUCACCAGGAACUUCUCCACCUGCUCCCCCAGCACCAAGACCUGCCCCGACAGCCACUGUGACGCUGUGGAGAGCAGAAACCCCAACAUCUGCCCCCAGGACUGCCUCCGGGGAAGCAUUGUUGGGGGGCAUGAGCCGGGGGAGCGCCGGGGCAUUCGAGCCGGCUACGGCACCUGCAACUGCUUCCCCGAGGAGAAGAAGUGCUUCUGCGAGCCAGAAGACAGCCAGGACCCGCUGUGUGACGAGCUGUGCCGCACGGUGAUCGCGGCGGCCGUCCUCUUCUCCUUCAUCGUCUCGGUGCUGCUGUCUACCUUCUGCAUCCACCGCUACCACAAGAACGCCCACAAGCCACCCAUCGCCUCGGCUGAGAUGACCUUCUGCCGGCCUUCCCAGGCUUUCCCGGUCAGCUACUCUUCAUCCAGCGCCCGCAGGCCCUCACUGGACUCCAUGGAGAACCAGGUCUCUGUGGACGCCUUCAAGAUCCCGGAGGAUCCAAAGUGGGAAUUCCCUCGAAAGAACUUGGUUCUUGGAAAAACUCUGGGAGAAGGCGAAUUUGGAAAAGUGGUCAAGGCGACGGCCUUCCGUCUGAAGGGCCGCGCGGGGUACACCACCGUGGCUGUGAAGAUGCUGAAAGAGAAUGCAUCCCCGAGUGAGCUGAGGGACCUGCUGUCAGAGUUCAACCUCCUGAAGCAGGUCAACCACCCACAUGUCAUCAAGCUGUACGGGGCCUGCAGCCAGGACGCGUGUCCACUGGCCCAGCUGGCACUUCCUGUCAAGGGCUUCAUGCUGCUCGUCCAUCGGGACCUGGCGGCCAGAAACAUCCUGGUAGCUGAGGGGCGCAAGAUGAAGAUUUCGGAUUUUGGGCUGUCCCGAGAUGUUUACGAAGAGGAUUCCUACGUGAAGAGGAGCAAGGGUCGAAUUCCAGUCAAGUGGAUGGCAAUUGAGUCCCUUUUCGACCAUAUCUACACCACCCAAAGUGACGUGUGGUCCUUUGGUGUCCUGCUGUGGGAGAUCGUAACCCUCGGGGGCAACCCCUACCCUGGGAUUCCUCCUGAGCGGCUCUUCAACCUUCUGAAGACUGGCCACCGGAUGGAGAGGCCGGACAACUGCAGUGAGGAGAUGUACCGUCUGAUGCUGCAGUGCUGGAAGCAGGAACCAGACAAGAGGCCGGUGUUUGCCGACAUCAGCAAAGACCUGGAGAAGAUGAUGGUUAAGAGCAGAGAUUACUUGGACCUUGCUGCGUCCACUCCAUCUGACUCCCUGCUUUAUGACGAUGGCCUCUCAGAAGAGGAGACACCCCUGGUGGACUGUAAUAGUGCUCCCCUCCCUCGAACCCUCCCUUCCACAUGGAUUGAAAACAAACUCUAUGGUAGAAUUUCACAUGCAUUUACUAGAUUCUAGCAACGUUGUUCCCUCUGCACUAUCUUUACUCUCUGUACUGCUUUUUAAGAGAGUUUCUGGUCUGAACGAAACCAAAGUCUGCUCUGAACCUUUUUAUUUGUAAAUGUCUGACUUUGCAUCCAGUUUACAUUCAGGCAUUUUUGCAACUGUUUUUCUAAAAGGAUGUGAAAAUAAGUGUAAUUACCAUAUCACCCAGCAACUUAUGAUGUUAGAGGGGAAAUGGAUCAGGGUAGAACUCUCAGGGGAUAUUGAGAAAGUGAUGGAUAUGUCAUCUCUGGGGUAGGAAUCAAGUCACAGUACUUUUAUUUAACUACUGGGAUAAAUUUACCCAAUCUGGGAAUGUAUUUAAUUUAGAGAAGAGCGGCCAACACCACCCAGCCUGCAUUGAGAGCAGAGCCAAGGCCCCCAGAUUGCCCCUGGGUGGGCGGACACCUCUCGGAGGCCGCAGUCCCAGCUGCGUGUCCACCAUUGGGGCAGUGAGGCAGCAGGAGCCCCGCAGGCCCUGGGAGGACACACCCAUACUGCUGUUUUCACAUCCUUUGUACUCCCACCGUCUGGACGGUUGUCACCUAAGAAGUCAGUGCUAAAAGCUGGAGCAAACACUUUUAAAAGAACAUAGUCUGUGGUGCUAUGGUCUUGCAAUGGACAGUAAAUACGGUUCUUGCCAAAACUCCUUAUUUUGUCUUCAAUUAAACACUUGAGAUUUUUUCUGUUUCCUAACUUCAUCAGUGAUUGUUUUGAAA